AUGGUCAACACACACCUACCUAUAGCGCCUACGUCCCGCUUGCAGCCAAUACAAGCACAACCUAACUUGCACGAGAUUCAACAACCGAAACUACAGGACUACCCACGGAGCGGUGAAAAGACAGAGAGUCUUCCUAUUGAUUCUAAGGGAGAACGAAGGACGGAGUGGAGGAUGGAGGCGAAUCGGUUGGAACGCGGGCUAGCCGGCCGGGAGUGGUUGAUAGUGGCUUAUGAAAGUGGUACCCCUUUCUUUACUUUAACCAGUGGUUUACACAGGUUGAAUGAUACAAGCAGGAAGCAAACAACAAGAAGAACCAGAGCGGGUGUAGAUGCUCGUGAAGGAACGGGAGCUGAAGCAACAGGAAUCGGUCAACGAGUAGGAAGACUUGGAAAUUCUAUUGAAAAAGAUUCUGAUGUUCUUAAGCGAGACCCAGAUCCUCCAGUAGCACCAGCAACAGCAAAUAAGCUACCACCUGAUCUUGACCCUGAUCUUGACCCUGACAGAAUGGAAUUCAAAGUUGAAGAAAAGUAA